AUGGUUGAGCAGGCGGUUGGGUUGUCGGACCUGGAGGUAAAGGGUGAAGCCAGACCCAGUGGAGUUAGAAGUGACGUGGUGGAGCAGCAGGCUGGAGGCCUAUCAGACCUGGAGAUCAUCUCCCAGCCAGACCCAGUGGAGGAGCAUGGUGUGCAGGAGAUGGACCCGUCCUGCAUGGCUCCUGUCCAGCUGGUCAGCUUCAGCUACAGGGACCUUCCUCUGGCCCACCUGGACCUCUCCCUGGCCGGAUCACAGCUCCUCUCUAACCUGGAUGAGGACGACAACAGGGAAGGGUCUAACUGGUUGAAGCCGUGCUGUGGGCGGAGGGUAGCCCUGUGGCAGGUGUGUCUGCUCAGUGCAGGCUUCAACUGUUUCCUGGUGGCCCUGGUCAUCCUGGUGGUGGUCUUCUUGACCCUGGAACUCCUCAUAGACACCAAGCAUCUACAAUUUGCCAAUGCUAUUCAAUUUGCCAGCGUCAUCCAUUGGAUCAGCCUUGCCAUCCUUUCACUCUUCUUCACUGAGACUGUCUUCAGGAUUGUAGUCCUUGGGAUUUGGGACUAUAUUGAGAACAAAGUAGAGGUGUUUGACGGGGCAGUCAUCGUGUUGUCCCUGGCUCCUAUGGUAGCCUCCACGGUAGCCAACGGCCCCAGCAGUCCCUGGGACGCCAUCAGCCUCAUCAUCACCCUGCGCAUCUGGAGGGUCAAGAGAAUCAUCGACGCCUAUGUGUUGCAGGUGAAGGUGGAGAUGGAGUUGGAGAUCCUGCAGUGUGAGAAGAUCAAGGCUGUCAGGGAGGAGCAGCUGGAACGACUCACACAGAUCUGCCAGGAACAGGCAUUUGAGAUCAGACAGCUCCGGGCCCACCUGGCCCAGCAGGACUUGGACCUGGCUGCGGAGCAGGAGGCUGCUAUGCAGAUCCACCAUGUGUGGGGCAAACAGAGGAGCAGCUACCAGGUGGUGGAGGGCCAGGGCCCUGGGGAGUCUGACGAUGAGGGACAUGGAGUCCUCAGGGAGACCCCAGCAGACCCUGUUGUCCAUCAUGACGACAUGAACAACUAUAUCAGCCAGUACUACAGUGAACCAAGUAGUGACAUAGGGGGUCCUCGUGUCAUCACCACGGCAGCCAUCGACGUCCACCUCCCUAAGACCCAUUACCCCGCCCACAACAACCCUCUGCUGGGCGUGGAGCAAAUGAGUAGUGCUGUGAGUGACACCUCCACCAGCGUAUCACUGUCCAGCGGCAGUCUGACGGCCCGCCCCCAUAGUCUGAGCAGCCACACCCUGCGCUCGUCUACUACGGACUGCAGCAGCAGCACCACGGCCAGGGACUACCACACCCAGGCUAGGAACUACAAUGGCCAACGCUGCUUCCCCCUGCCCUACUGCAGCCCUCUGGGCCUGGGUCUGACCUCAGCCCAGCCUCCCCUUCCACGGGACCCCAGCGUGGUAGUCCAGGAGCUGCUCUCGUCCCUGUCUGAGGACUCCUGUCUGGCCCAGAAAGGCCUGGUUGACCCAGUUAACCUGAAGCUUCCCAGCCCUGCCGGCUCAGCCAAGGCCAGCCCAGAGCUGGAGCACAGAAUCAACAUCUACAACUGGAAGAAUCAGGAGGAGAACCAGUACCAGAGUCGGGGCCAGAAACAGGGCCGAGCCGCAGCCACUGUGCUCCUACAGACUAAGCCUCUCAUCCACCUGCAGGGCGGCGCUCCUGAGUCCUCUUUGGAGGAGAAGUAUAGGCUACUGGGCCCUGCUGAUGGUCCACUGGGCCGUCUGCCUGAUACAUAG